UAAUGGCGGACGGCAGCAAAAAGUAACUCUAGCAUUUCCGGGGUGAUUCUUGUUAAUUUCGGCCGUGGCAACAAAUUUUUCAAAGUGAGUAUAAAUCUGCAUUAUUUUAUUACAAUUUUGGUGUUGGGAACUGUCUUUAUUAUUUAGAUGAAUUGUUACGUUGGCGUUGAAUUCCAGAACAAUGGUGGAAUUUCUCUUGUUCACUCUGCCUGGUUAACACCGCUUAAACGAGAAGUCUUUUGGCCGCCAAAACAGACAACCGGAAAUUUUAUAAAAUUAUUAAAAUCUGGACAAGAGCCUCCCCAGGAUAACAGCUGGAAACUUCACCAAAUUAAGCGAAUUUUUUUCCAGACUGACGACUAUAAGAUUGCGGAGAAAAAAAUUAAAAAGGCUGAAAUUACCUCAGAUUUAACUACAGAUGCUGAGGAAUCAGCAAUUAUUUCACCUCGAAGGAAAAUACGUCCAAAGAAAUUUUCCACUGAUGAUGAGCAGGAAGAAGUGCUGUCAUCAUCAGAAGAUGAUUUUCCAAAAAACAAGAAACCCCUACCUAGACCAAAACCAAUAAUACGGAAGUCUAUUACAAACAUAUUAUCUGGUAAUGAGAUUUAUACUUAAAGAUAUCUGGCACAUAUAAAUUAUUAACUGUCUACUGUUUUAGAUUAUUCUGGCCCAAUUCAAACUUUUCCAUUAGCUUCAGCUGGACAAUCGCAAAGGUCGUUUGAGGAUAGUGAUUCUACAAAUCAACUUUAUUAUUUGCCACCUCAACAUUCAGCAAAAGAUACUCAAUUGACUAAAUCUUCAGGACAAAUUAUUAGAGGUAAAAAAUAUAA